UUUAAAAUUCCUUCCCUUUAUCUGACUGAAGGUUAUACACUGUUUUUUCUUUCUUUUUUUUUCCCCUUUUGCUGUCUUAUUAUGUUUUCUACUUUGAAUGUGGCAUUUGGCAUCAUUACUCUUUUGAGAAGACGAGGCACUUAAGAACUUGCAGGUUUUAUCCCACGACAUACAGGAGUGAUUUUGAAUUUAGUGUUAUUCUACAGAAAACUUGAGAACUUAGGAACUCUUUCAAAUUAAUUAUAGUGAAAGACAAAGGUCCAGUAUACGGAUUUUUCUUAAAAAUUUAACCAUAAUUAUGAUGAGUACAUAAAAAUUUGCAAUGUAUCAAAAUUAUUUGAUGAAAAAAUGAAAUUCUAAAGAGCGGCGUUGCAAACAAAAUACCAGAUUUCAAUAUAGUGAUUACUUAUUUGCAUAUUUUACCUAUUCAUCUAUUCACAACGUUAUAUUCAUAAAUAUUCUUGAAACCUUCAUUUCUUGUCUGGUUACUCGGAAUCGUAUGAUGUUGUUAUGAUAUGAUCGGAACCUUGAUUAGAAAACCACUCAAGAUAUUUUGCGAACCCCAACACGCCUUCUUGUGAGUUGUUUUUCCUUCGCCGUAAAUGGCCUGAAGCCAAACGGAGAAUUUUCGCGUCAUCUGAGUAAUUGAUCAUAACUAAUAAAAAAAUAAGUACACAUAAUGUGUCUUCGUUUUUAUUCGAUAUGACGUAAAAGAUUCUGAACUUCUCCUUGAAAACAUUUUGUAAACGAACAUUCAUUCAUUCACACAGCUGGCGCGUUUGAGGUGAAAAUGCUUCUGUCGAAGUUGAAAUUGUUUAUUAAUGUUUCUCACAAAUCGCCGCUGCUGCAGGCGUUGGCACCUGUAGCAAACUCUAUUAGGAAUACCCAUGAUUCUUUUAAAUAUGAAGAUCUAACUAUCACUCUCGCCGAAGGUGAUAAAUUGAAACCAAAACCAGAUUUUAGCUCCCUUAAAUUCGGAGCCAAUUUCAGUGACCACAUGUUGGAGGUAGAGUGGUCAGAAUCAGCUGGUUGGGGUAAACCACGAAUCCUACCGGUGCACGCAUUUCAAUUACACCCUUGCUCAAAAGUUCUACACUAUGCCCAAUCUGUGUUCGAAGGCAUGAAGGCAUUUAAGUAUUCAAAUGGAAAAGUCGCUUUGUUCAGACCUGACAUGAAUAUGAAUCGUUUUUUGGUCACUUCAGAACGGGCAUGUUUACCUGGUUUCAAUCGGGAAGAACUUCUAAAAUGCAUAAAGAAACUAGUGUCCAUCGAUAAGAGCUGGAUACCAAACCGUGAAUUGUGUUCUUUAUACAUCAGACCGAACUUUAUCGGAACAGAAGAUACGUUAGGUGUUGCCUCUGCGAAAACUGCCUUGCUUUAUGUCGUCAGUGGUCCUGUUGGUCCAUAUUUUACUACUACUAUAGAACCGAUAUCUCUCCUAGCUGAUCCCAAACAUGUUAGAGCUUGCCCUGGUGGUGUUGGCUGUUACAAAAUGGGAUCAAAUUACGCGCCAACCUUGUAUAUUCAAAAACUUGCCCAAAAGCAACAAAUGGACCAGGUUUUGUGGCUGUAUGGACCUGAUCAUCAAAUAACGGAGGCUGGAGCAAUGAAUGUUUUCUUUGUUUUGAAGGACACGAAAGGAGAUCUAGAAUUAGUUACCCCUCCUUUAGAUGGAACUAUUUUGCCUGGAGUAGUACGUCAUAGUGUCUUAGACUUGGCAAGGAGCUUGAAUGAAUUCCGUGUUUCUGAAAGACCAAUAAAUAUGCGUGAAAUAAUCAGUGCUCAAAAAGAAGGUCGCUUGCUGGAAAUGUUUGUGUGUGGUACUGCUUUGGUGGUGUGUCCUGUAAAAUUAAUUCGAUUUAAUGGAGAGGAUAUAAAUAUUCCGACUAUGGAACGAAAAGAUGGCUUACAUAGUCGUUUCCUGAAAAUGAUAACUGAUAUUCAGUACGGAAGAGUAACGUCUGAUUGGUCUGUGUCGGUAGAUGAGGAGUAAAAUGUUUUUGGAUAAUUAUUUAUUAAAAUUCAAACUAUUUUGUUUCCUGUCCAUUUUAGCGGCCAUUAUUUUGAGAAGUUUUAAAUAUGAAGUAUGACUACCUGUCUAAAAAACAGGUGAGUAUUAUAUCAUAGUCAUUUGGGGUGCUAAUGAACUAUAGCAAAGAGCCCAGGGCCGCUAAAAUUUAGGGCUGCCAAAAAACAAUUCAUUUUCAUUGGUACGAUUUAAAAUAAUUUUUAUUUCAUUUUUUUUUAAUUUUGUAUCAUGAAAUUACAUAUUUAUAUUAAUAUUGUUAUACUCAUAUUUUUAUAAGUUGCAUAUUAUAAAUCUGUAUUUCACAUUUGUAAUUGUAAUCGGCUUUAUUUUCUCUUUCAAAUUUUUAACGUGAUCUUAUUGCUAGAGCUUUUAAAAUGAAGCUGAUACAUUUAACUUUGCCCGUGGCAGUUGAUACCUCUGUCACGUUCUGGUUAGAACUUUUUUUACAAUUGAUUUCUUUAUAAGUGAUUGCUUGGUGUAAUGCGUUUGCAACUUUUUUCGGAUUUCUUUAACAAUUAUUAAUAAUAUUUAAUUAAAUGUAUUGAUAAACCUUUACUUAAAUUGGAAUCAUUGAUUUAAAUUUAAUUUUUUUUCCUUCAAAUAAAGUGCAUUUGUAGUACUUUUUUUUAAAAAAAAUUAUAAAUAGCGAGCGUUUUGCUUUACCACAUUAUUUAUCUUAAAAUUUAUGCUCAAUGAGCAAAAUAUAGAAAAAAAUUACAAAAUGAAAUGAAAAAUAAGUUAUAAACGCAUUUUCUCUUUAGAACUGAUUUUAUUCACAAAUGUUCAUGCAUUGCAUUUAUGGAAAAGGCACUUUUUUUAAGAGCUUUCUGUUUUUCAAAGUUAAUCAUUUUACCAUUUAUGAUUGUCUGUUUCCUACAACCGUCAGUGAAACUUAAUAUAACAAUUUUAUAAGUUAAAAUUGAAAAUUACUGAAAACAAUAUGAUUUUUAGAAUUUAGAGAAUAGUAUAAUAAUCUUUCCUAUUUCUUAAAACUAUAGUUUUAAGAUUUUCAGCAUGUAUAGUAUUUAUAAAUAACUCUAAGAACAAAAGACUUUUAAAUUUAAUUGAUGGAAUUAUUGUAUUAACAACUAUUUCGUUACAUUUUUAACUAUAUAUUAGCUUUCAAACUGCAUUCAUUAAUUAUAUUCUGUAUUCUAUUAAAAAUAUUGCAUUUCUUUAAAAAAAAAAAUGUCAUUUUUUGAUAUGCAGAGUUUAUCAUUAUACCAUUUGGAAUUUAUGCUCAUUUUCUAGUUUCUUUAUUUCCUUCGUGUAAUGUAGUGGGAAAAAAUGUAAUAAAGUGAAAACAUUACAUGAUAA